AUGAUUCCUUCUGAGGAGAGAAUGCAAUGGAAGCAAGCAGGUAGAAUGGCACUGAAAUGGGAAUUGGGGGUUGCGCGCUUUUGGCGGCGCGAGAACAGGAGCAGCUGGAUCAAUCGCGGGCGGUGGCGAGGCGGAUCUAUGCAGGGCAAUGCCCGGCGAAAAUUUUACCCGCGCCGGAUCCCCAUUACAGCACCAGCAGGAUUUCUCUCAUUCGGCCGUGUUGAGAUUGUUGUAAACAGAAAAGGUACUGCCUUUCCAAUCAAAAUUGUCGCUUCAAAAAUAUCAGAGCACUACAAGCACAACAAGCACAACAAGCACACCCCAUACACCAUGAUUGCAAGCAGCAUUUCCAACUCUCUACUGACAAUGACACCCUCUCUGCCGGACCAUGCUGUGGCAUGCGAGAUCCCAGAUGGAUACAACAAACAACCCCUGAGUUUGAAACUGGUGAUGAAAGGAGCAAUGAGGCAACAUCAAUUUAGGACUUGGAAGAGGAAUCACAGACACAGCCACAUCGGGGUCACGCCCAACAGGACCCGCCCAGCCAGCACCAGAGCCAGAGCCAGAGCCAGAGCCAAAGCCAGAGCCAGAGGCGGUCACUAUAUGCGAACCCUCAACUGCACUGGCAGCAGCAAGGAGAAUGUUGAACCAUUGCCACCACAGCCCAUCUCCGGUGCACUGCCAGAUAACAUCUCCAAGAACAGACCCUCAAAGGAAACCCAUGCCAGAGUUGAUGACUCUUUCGCACACCACCUUGAGCCAGACACAAGCGGCUCCCAUAUCCUGCUACAUCAUGAGGCUAGGGAAGGGCAUCUUGAAUUUUUCCUGUGGAGGCCCAUAUGGCAGUUGGAGGAUGACAUUGCAAAGGUCCAUCCAGAUCAGCUCAAGCAAUACAAGGAGAGGUUGGAUGUCGGGCCUGCGAGAAGGGCCUCUCAGGCGAGAAAGCAAGCAAGGUCCCCUUUUCCAGAGCCUAGUUUUUUAGCACGACAUAUACCUUUCUUUGAGAAUUGA